GGGGGGGGCGCGCUACAGGAUCUUUGCUGGUGUCAUGGCCGCGGCGGGUGGAAGCGGCGGUUGUAGCGCUGUGCGCGCGCCCUGGUUGGUGGAGCAGGCGCGCGCCCUGAGAGCAGAGAUGAAGAACUUGAGGCAGGAAGUCAACAAGGCUGUUUAUGUAUAUAAGAAUUCUAUUGAGGAUUUACGGACUCUCCUGCAUAGUUUGAAAAGGGAACCUAUCCAAGAUGAUGUUCCCGUCCAGAAUGAUGCACCUAUCAGAAAUCAAACGCCUCUAUCUUUGGAGAAAGGAAACAUCCAAACUGCACCCAUUGGAUAUAUCGAAUCGUGCUUUUCUACCAAAAAUGGCACACCUCGACAACCAACAAUUUGUGGUUUAUCUCGUGCACGACUUAAAAUUAGCAAGACUGUUUUUGCCAAUGCAGAGCAUUCACUCAUGGGCUUGGAGCAAUUUUCACAUGUCUGGAUUAUCUUUGUUUUUCACAAGAAUGGGCAUCAAAGUUGCAAAGCUAAAGUUAAGCCACCUCGGCUGAAUGGAUUAAAAACUGGAGUAUUUUCAACAAGAAGUCCUCACCGCCCCAAUGCAAUUGGUUUAACACUGGGGAAGUUGGAUAGGAUUGAAGGUGAUGCUCUUUACCUUUCGGGUAUUGACAUGAUACAUGGGACCCCAGUACUGGACAUUAAACCAUAUAUUCCAGAUUAUGACACACCUCGGGUUGACCCAAUAAAUAAUAUAAAUGAGUGUCGACUGCAUCAAGUGCUCUCUGUGCCAGAUGAGCAAUGCCAAGGAAUAACCAAUCCAAUCUCUGGGAUGGUAACUGAGGAGAGUGAUGAUAAGGAAUCUAUUCCUGUCAAGGUGGCUUCAAAGGUAGCGUGUGAUCGUUCUACUGAAGUGCAAGAACAUUCUCCAAAGGAUGGUAUGUGUCCAUUCAGUAAGAUAAAAGGUGAGACAGUGGUUGAUGAAGGCAAGAUUGCAAAGAAAUCACCAUCAUUCAUCGGCAAAACUCCCAAAAAGAAGUAUUGUGAACAUCAACUAAGUGAGAAAGUUGAUCGGCCUACUGGAAAAGGGAGUGCUUCUUAUGAAAGUAUACACAAAACUGUGGAGAAAAUCCAAAGUCAACUGGUUCACAGUGACAUUGUAAGCCACAUAACAGAAGAAGACCAGGCAAUUUGUUUCAAACCUGAGAAAUCCGUGGCGAUCAGUCAGAUGAAAAAAACAAAGAACGCUGUUGUUAUUUACACGCCUUUGAAUAAAUUGUCCAAUGGUAAUAUUGCAACGUGGAUAAAACAGUCACCCGUGACUUCUUUAGAUGUUCGAUUCACCCCUCAUGCGGAAAUGGAUUUGCAGCAGUUUCAGGCUCCAGGAGGGUCAGAUCCAGACAAAGUGACAUUGAAAUAUUUCCACUCUGUAGAGGAAAUAAAGUCUGCCAUGGUGGCUGUAUUAUCAGCUGAUCCAAGAUCUAUAUAUCGAAGGAAACAGUGCAAGGACAUGCUCUUUUACUUCACUUUGGAUACUGCCCACGUCACUACUUGGUUUGGAGAUGACUUUACUGAAAUCUUGAGGAUAAAGCCUGUGAAAGAGGAGCCUGAUGUUGGAACAGUCUGCACUUAAAUUCUUCUAGCUUGAGAACAUUGCACUUUCUGUAAAAUAAUAGAUCUAUGUUAAUGAUCUUCCUGUGAUCCGCCACGAUAUUGAUCCAGCAAUGACUCUAGUUUUUCAACCUGCAUUUCCAUUAUUAUUACACUGAAGGCCCCUCAUUUUAAUCGUGGGAUUACCAUCCAAAGUGACGGUGCUUAAAAUAUGUUAUAAAUUAACGUGAAGAUCUCGACCUAUAAUUGACUUCAGACUGGAAACAGUUUGUAACCUAGCCCUAAAGUCUUCAGUUGAAUAUAAUAAUUUAUUUUGACAACUCUCAUCAACUACUGUGAUUGUUUUCAUCUUUGGGUCAGGGCCACAUUUCUGGCAAAAUUGCUGGUUUCCACCAGUAAUUUUAAUUUCAAGCCAGUUUAAUAUCAGUGGUUCGGUUAUUUCAGCUGUCAACCUCCCCAGGGAUAUAACGUGUAUAUAUAUGUUUCCAUAAAUACGGCAUUCGUUAGUGAAACUGAAGGUCUCCAAACCUCUAGGUUAUUUUCCCGUUGUUUUUUUUCUGCAAUAUUCACAUUGUUUCAUAUCCUGUAUUUUAAGUAGUAUAGAUCAUGAUGUAUAGCCAAAAUAAUGUGAUGAAGCAAAAAUAAAUAAAUCUUUUUACAAAGAAAAGUAUCAGAUAUGUCCCUGUCUUUUCUUGCCUUUUCUUGUGAUAUUUUUCAAGCAGAAUUUCACCAAAUUAUCUAAUUUGUACUAGAAAGAUUACAUUAAUUUUGCAAUUAAAUAACUCUAUACAAGCCAAAUUCUGAUUAUGCUUAUGAAUUUUAUUAUUUAUCACCCGAUUAGAUGGUUUUCUGAUGUCCCACGUUUUUGCAGCAGAACGCGAGCCGUGGUGCCCCUUUGGUCAUGUGUGAAGCGUUUUUAUAUUUAUUUCUUUUUUUUAUUGCUUAUAUUUUGUGUUUAAGCUUUCCAUUGAAAUACUUAAUAAUGAAUAGAUCUUAAAAUCAUGAAAUAAAUCUAACUUGCGCACCUAUUUUAGCGAUGCCUCAUUCUGUAAUCCCUCAUGUCAACGCUAUUUAUAGCGCUAUAACAGGGUUUUUGCACUCGUGAUUUAAAAAAAAAAUUCAAACAACGUGAUUAUAAUGACCCUGGAAUGAACUACGGGCCACGUGGUGGUUAUGUGCCGACAUUUUGUAAAGGAGCUUCGAAAUUAAUAAGUCCCAUUUUUCACAUUUUGAAAGUAUCAAAUUUUGGUUGACUUUCACCACAAAUUAGCUCAAGGAUCAUUAUGUUUUGCAGAUAAAGGAUGUGCCAUAUAUUAAUGUCUGUAUGUUCAUUCUUCUUUUUCUUUCAAAGUGAAUAAAACAAAGCCUGAAGAAAUAGUUUGGUCUGAAAAAGCUUGUUUAUUAAAAAAAAACUUUUUCUAUUUUUGCCAUGCGUGGAGAUGGAUGCAGGAAAAAAAAUAGUUAAGCUUGCGUAUACAGUGCCCUCCAUAAUAGAGUAUAGGUGCAGGAGUAGGCCAUUUGGACCUACGAGCCAGCACAACCAUUCACUGUGAUCAUGGCUGAUCAUCCACAAUCAGUCCCCGUUCCUGCCUUCUCCCCAUAUCCCUUGACUCUGCAAUCUUUAAGAGCUAUAUCUAACUCUCUUGAAAGCAUCCAGAGAAUUGGCCUCCACUGCCUUUUGAGGCAGAGAAUUCCACAGAUUCACAACUCACUGGGUGACAAAGGUUUUCCUUAUCUCCGUUUCGAAAACGGCCUACCACUUAUUCUUAAACUGUGGCCCCUGGUUCUGGACUCCCUCAACGUCGGGAACAUGUUUCCUGCCUCUAGCGUUUUCAAUCCCUUAAUAAUCUUAUAUGUUUCAUUAAGAUCCCUUCUCAUCCUUCUAAAUUCCAGUGUGUACAAGUCCAGUCACUCAAUUCUAUCAACAUAUGACAGUCUCGCCAUCCUGGGAAUUAACCGUGUGAACCUACGCUGCACUCGCUCAAUAGCAAGAAUGUCCUUCCUCAAAUUUGGAAACCAAAACUGCACACAAUACUCCAGGUGUGGUCUCACUAGGGCCCUGUACAACUGUAGAAGGACCUCUUUGCUCCUAUACUCUUCUUGUUAUGAAGGUCAACAUGCCAUUAACUUUCUUCACUGCCUGCUGUACCUGCAUGCUUACUUUCAGUGACUGAUGAACAAGGACACCCAGAUCUUGUACUUCGCCUUUUCCGAACUUGGCACCAUUCAGAUAAUAACCUGCCUUCCUGUUCUUGCCACCAAAGUGGAUAACCUCACAUUUAUAUGAUAUGAUGAUAUGCCAUUUAUUGUCACUAUACAUGUACAGUACAACUAUCCACAUUGAACUGCAUCUGUCAUGCAUAUGCCCACUCACCCAACCUGUCCGUCACCCUGCAUUCUCAUAGCAUCCUCCUCACAGUUCACACUGCCACCCAGCUUUUGUGUCAUUUGCAAAUUUGCCAAUGUUACUUUUAAUCGCUUCAUCUAAAUCAUUAAUGUAUAUUGUAAAUAGCUGCGGUCCCAGCACUGAGCCUUGCGGUACCCCACUAUUCACUGCCUGCCAUUCUGAAAGGGACCCGUUAAUCCCUACUGUUUGUUUCCUGUCUGCCAAUCAAUUUUCUAUCCAUGUCAGUACCCUACCUCCAAUCCC